AUGAAGCGGUGGAGGUGCAAUAAGGUCAGGUGUGCUUGGAGACCUGUGGAAACAACUCCAAACCCAGGGCGACCCCAGGCUGGCAUUGGUGAGGACACCAUCCCUCCAGUGGAGACUGCCUUUUUGGAAGAUCACCUAAUUGCUGUUCGUCUUCCACCAAACACCAUACAAGUCCACCAUAAACCAUAUAAGUCCACCAAAGACCAUACAAGACCACCAAAACACCAUACAAGUCCACCAAACACCAUCAAGUCCACCAAACACCAAACAAGUCCACCAAACACCAAACAAGUCCACCAAACCCAUACAAGUCCACCAAACCCAUACAAGUCCACCAAACCCAUACAAGUCCACCAUAAACCAUACAGUCCACCAAACACCAAACAAGUCCACCAACACCAUACAAGACCACCAAAACACCAUACAAUCCACCAACACCAUACAAGUCCCCAAACACCAUACAAGUCCCCAAACACCAUACAAGUCACCAAACACCAAACAGUCCACCAAACACAAUACAAGUCCACCAUACACCAUACAAGUCCACCAAACACCAUACAAGACCACUAUUACCAUACAAGUCCACCAAACACCAUACAAGUCCACCAAACACCAUACAAGUCCACCAUAAACCAUACAAGUCCACCAAACACCAUACAAGUCCACCAUAAACCAUACAAGUCCACCAAACACCAUACAAGUCCACCAAACACCAUACAAGUCCACCAUAAACCAUACAAGUCCACCAAACACCAUACAAGUCCACCAAACACCAUACAAGUCCACCAUAAACCAUACAAGUCCAUCAUAAACCAUACAAGUCCACCAAACACCAUACAAGUCCACCAUAAACCAUACAAGUCCACCAAACAUCAUACAAGUCCACCAAACACCAUAUAA